GCCGCAUCAGUUGCAUCAGAAUGUUGGAUCUUAACGCUAACCCAACGACCAGUUACAAUGCCGAACUCAAGAUUUGGUCGGGAGCCCGGGAGCAGAGCUACUACAACGAUGACCUGACCAUUGGUCAAAUCAUAUUCCGGCAGCUGCAAAGCGAUCCGCAUCGCAUAUUUCAGAUCUCACACGGCGAGAAUACACGUCUCACCCGCUCCCAAAUGCUGCGCAAUGCAGCUAAGGUGAGUAUGUAUCUGAGGGCUCAAGGCUAUCUCGAGGAAACAGAUAUUGUGGGCUUGUUGGCUAGGAACAGCACACACUUAGCUGCUCUCGCCUAUGGGUGUCUCUUCAAUGGCACACCCUUCCAUGCCAUCAAUCCCAGCCUGGAGGCGCACACUAUACGCCAUCUCUUUGACAUAACCAAGCCGCGACUCAUCUGCUGCGAUGCGCCGGACUAUGAGAAGCUGCGCACUAUCGCCUCAGCACUGGGUAUUCCAAUUUUAAUCAUACAUGGACGCAUAGCGGGCGUCAUGAACAUUCAGGAACUGCUGGAAGCGUCUAUCUCCGACGAUUAUAAGCCCCCCCAGUUUGAACGUGGCAUCGAUCGCAUCAUGGCCAUACUCUGCUCCUCGGGCACAACUGGCACACCCAAAGCGGUCACCAUAUCGAAUAGCCGCCAGAUAUUCGAGAGUCAUAGUUAUCUGAAUAGCAACGACAUACAAUACGCGCCCAGCACCCUGGACUGGCUUACAGGUUUGAUAACCCUAGUUACGGCGGGGGUUUACGGCACAGUACGGCUCAUAUCGCAGAAGGCUUUCUGUGCCGAGCAGUUCCUAUCCAUGUGCGAGAAGGAGAGCAUCAGUUGGGCCGUGGUGGCCGCCUCGCAUAUUGCUAUGUUGGCCAAUAGUCCGGCUACCGAUGUGCGACAGCUGCGCAGUCUGCGGCACUUGCUCUUCGCUGGGGGCCACACGCUGGUCGCAACGCUGAACAAGAUGCAGAGCUAUCUGCGAGGCGAGGGCAUCCUGCGCAACGCCUAUGGCAUGACAGAGCUGGGCACCUGCGUCUCCUGUAACUACACAACGCACACGAAGCCCAAGUCAGUGGGACGCCUCCUGGGCAACAUACGAAUGCGCGUGGUGAACGAGUCGACUGUGUCGGUGGGUCCAAAUGAGCUGGGCGAGCUCUAUUGCCAUAAUGGGCAGCACUGGAGCGGGUACUAUGGCAACUCAUUGGCCACAGCAGAGAUGCAAGACAAGGAGGGCUGGUUUCACACCGGAGACUUGGGCUACUUUGAUCAGGAUAACUACCUACAUAUCGUAGAACGUAAAAAGGAUAUGCUCAAGUAUCUGGGCAUGAUGUACUAUCCGCAUGAGAUCGAGGAGGUCAUCGCCCAAAUGCCGCAAGUCGCUGAAGUUUGCGUCUUUGGCAUUUGGAACGAGACCGAAGGCGAUGCAGCUGCUGCCUCGGUGGUACCCAAGCCAGACGCUCAGAUCAACGCCGCUCAAGUGGUGAACUUUGUGGGUCAGCGCAUUGGCGUCAAAUAUAAACAGUUGAACGGUGGUGCACAAAUUGUCCCACAACUGGCAAAGAGUGCCAAUGGCAAGGUUAAUCGCCAGGCUGUAAAGGCUGCCUACCUGGAAACAGCUCAGAGGACAGAGCUAACUGAUUAGGAAAAUGAGUCUAGAGACCUAAGCCUUUAUUUCGAAUUUAUUCACUGUUCAAUUAAACUUAUUCUAGGGUCAGCCAGAUAAUUAGUUGUAAAACUAUAUAAAAAGUGAGUGCUCAACUGAGAUCAUAAUACUUAUUUACAUAUUUACAAUAUACUUUGGCGUUAUCCAAAUGUUAGUUACUGAACUUGAAGUGUACCCAGUUUAGAUAAGAAUUUCCAAAAGAGCUACAAGUCAUGUAUCUGGAUAUGUUUGUAUACGAGAGAAAGCAAGUAACAACUUUGCAGUCGGGCAUAACCGACUGCAUAAUACCCGGUAUUGUUAAAAUAUCAACAUUAUUUGGAUUUACCAUGCGCCAUAUAAUGUAAAGGUCUUAUCAGUAGAAAAGGUGAACUAAUUAUAAAAUAUAUUUACGGCGUUUAUAUAGGAAAUAGUUACUUUGUUUAUGUGUGAAAAUAUAUACUUGCAAUUGGAAUUAUUACAAAAAUAUUAAGAUCUUAUGCACUGAGAGUAUAUAAGGGAGUAAAAGCUAAGCAUUUCUACGCAUAGUUUAUCGGACUGUACAAAACCAAUAAACUCCAUUGACGUCAAGAACGAGUAU